GGCGCCCUCCGGCCGCAGCAGGCUGGUGGCGGCGGCGGUAGCAGCAGCGCCUAGUACUGCAGGGACAGCAAGGCAGCUACGCUAACUCGGACGCCGGGGAAGCCCGCGCCCCGCCUGCGCCUUUGCGGCGCUCCCGGGAGCCGGAGCUAGAGCAGCUCCGAGGUGCGCCGAGACCAGAGGCUGCUGCAGAGCCGCGGUGCGGGAGAGCCGCAGGUCGAGCCGGGCUACCGCGCAGGGCGCAGACAUCCUACACCGCGGCGUCUGUCCGUGGCGACUGCGCGAGAGACAAAGCCUCCGGAGAAAGAUGCCCGCGGAGCACGCACCAAGCGGGCCAGGGAGCGGGCCCCUCCGAGCCUAAGCGCGCCUGGCCGUACGCCGCGGGGACGCCGAGACCCCACCGGGUCCAGCAACGGGCGGGGCCCAGGUGCGCCGGGCCGCAGCGGGCCUGUGACUGCUCGGGGGGCAGCGCCCUCCCGCCGCAGCCGCAGUGGCCGGCGCCGCAGCGAGGAGCCAUGGGCAACAUCUCCUCCAACAUAUCGGCCUUCCAGUCUCUGCACAUCGUUAUGCUGGGCUUGGACUCGGCCGGCAAGACUACGGUGCUCUACCGGCUCAAGUUCAACGAAUUCGUGAACACUGUGCCCACCAUCGGCUUCAACACCGAGAAGAUCAAACUGAGCAACGGCACUGCCAAGGGCAUCAGCUGCCACUUCUGGGACGUGGGCGGCCAGGAGAAGCUACGGCCGCUGUGGAAGUCAUACAGCCGCUGCACAGACGGCAUCAUCUACGUGGUGGAUUCGGUGGACGUGGACCGGCUGGAGGAGGCCAAGACGGAGCUGCACAAGGUGACCAAGUUUGCGGAGAACCAGGGCACACCGCUCCUGGUUAUCGCCAACAAGCAGGAUCUGCCCAAGUCGCUGCCGGUGGCCGAGAUUGAGAAGCAACUGGCGCUGCACGAGCUCAUCCCGGCCACCACCUACCAUGUCCAGCCGGCGUGCGCCAUCAUCGGCGAGGGCCUCACCGAGGGCAUGGACAAGCUCUAUGAGAUGAUCCUGAAACGCAGGAAGUCUCUCAAGCAGAAGAAGAAGCGGUAAUGCGCUAGAGCAGCGAUCUGGAUCAAGGCUGAGCGAGCAAGCCAGUGAGUGAAUGAAUGAACGUCUGGGUUGAGCGAGAACCCGCGAACAAAGACAACGAACCAAAGCGAUGAUUCGAAUUUUUAAAACACGAUCUCUGUAUCCAAAUACAGGACUUGGAGACUUAAGCCGGGUGUGGAGGCUGCAUAGCCACCCAUCUCGUCACCUGCCCCACCCCCCACCCCAGCUCAGAGGACCUUUUGUCUAUAAUGCUUGAGCUACCGGUGGGAUGGGGUGGGGGGGACCGGUGGGGAGUGGACGUGAGGACGCGAGGGUCCCGUGGUGUGCCCUCUGGCCCCAGGUGGGAAGCUUGGAUGUCAGAGAGACAAAAGCGAUUUCUUCUUGCUCCAGCAGGGCCAGAAGUUCAGGCUGCCCAGCCCCCAUUGCGGGGGGGGGGGGAAUCACGUGUGAGUUACCUGAGGUAUGCAGUUCACACAGAACCCUGGGGGAUACCCGAGAGGGGACGGGUAGGCGCUGGGGUGUACUGAUGGGAGGGUGGGGAUGACCGCUCCUUUCAUUCUGGAGCUAUGGAAACUGAGUAAUUUUAUGUCACAGGGCAGGUCCCUGUUGCAAUUUCAUUUGUCCUGCUCUGGGCCCAAAGGAGGUGAUGGUUUUGGGGCCAUCCAGAGGACUGCCUCGGACCAUGCGGCAGCUGGAAGGCCCAGGAUGCUGUGUUUCUGGACUUGGCUGGGAAUGGCCUGGAAGACGCCACUUUCCAGGGGUGGGUGUGUGUGGUUUUGUUGAGAACUGCUUUUCAGCCUGGGAUGAGACCUCUUCCAGAUGGCCUAGGCCCUGUCCGUGUGCAGGUCAUUCUCUCGUAAAGAGACCAAUAAAACAAAGAACAGAAAAACCAUUGGAGGUGGUGGCAGUACAGGUGCUUAAAGGGUGAGGGUCUCGACAUUAAUGCUGUGUGUGUACGUGUGUGUGUGUGUGUGUGUGUGUGUGUGUGUGUGUGCACUCGGUACUGCAUAAUCGGCAUAAAAACUGGACCCUCUGGGUGGAAUUUAGAAAUCUCUCAGCCUACUGAUUGGUUUGGAAGACCACACCAGCUACAGAUGUGUGCUGAAUUGCAAAAUGGUUUUCUUAACAAGGGGGAGGGGGUCUGAUAAUAAUACACGUGGUGAUAGGUUUCAGACAUUUAAAACAAAAAAAACCACUUCCACAAAUAAAUUAUCUUCACCUUAGGAGAAAAGGACUUUGCCCUUUUGUGGCCCUUGGUACUGCAAGUGCAGACAUGUUCAGAUUUCUGAGCUGGGUCUUUGUAACCUAUCUGGUUUCAGUAUUUUACUCAAAAUGUGUCGUUAGAAUAUUUGAUGUCACUCACCAGAAGAAUAAAACCUCACCUUGUAAAAGCUAACCCCGUUUGCAUGGAAUCGAAGAGAGGAAAAGUCUAGAGGAAGAAGUCCUUUGGAAAUCACCCUGGUAGGAGUGGGCCUGGCCUCAGAGCCAGCCAGUACUUUUGGUUAAAGGCAAACAACAAUGAGUGCUUGAGAAGAGAAGGAAGCAGGCGUGUGACGUCAUGGUCACUGGUACUCAGGCACUAAACAGUUUACUUGAAAAAGGCUUUGGAAAAUAGAUGAAGUGAAAGAAUAAAUACAUAUUUUUUAAUAAGGUAACUUUAAAAAUCCUUUAUAAUCCGGAGUGAGUCUUGGCUUGUUAAAAGCUGUCAUUUAUCUUGAAACACAGUAUCAAAAGAGAAAUUUACAACUGACUGUUUCUUUUUCUUUUAAUUUCCCCUCUGAAUCCAUGUUUUAGGGUAGGAGUUUUUGUUUCCCUCCAUGGCAACACAUUGCUGUGCAAAGGAAGCCAUGGUUGUGAAUGAGCACGGAGUUGGUCACAAUAUGAGCCCAUCCCUAUUGUCCUUGACACUCUAGGAGUCAAUUUAAGAACCAUAGGCAGAAAUCAUGGCUUCCUGCUUGAAACCCGAUCCUUAGAAGAUUGUUUUGAAAGCUAAAAUCUAGCGGCCCAUGCUCCUUUCUUGUGUGUUUGAUAGCCCUCCAAUUUACUGGUCUUUUUUGUAUACAGAGCUAAGCAGUGGUUAGCAGCCUGCAGGAUCUGUUUACACAGCAACUGUGGAUUAUUGGCUUCUCCAUGGCUGGUCCCAUGGUCUGAAGAUUCUGUAUAGAAUUAUUAAAAAAAAAAUCCACCUUUUUAUUUUCUUCACAAUUUCUUAAGCACUUUGACAUUUUGGUAGUUCCACGAUAUGGAGAGAAUAAUAUAUUUAUUUUGUGACAUUGCAUAUGCCAAAUAAUGUAGCUUUCCUGUGCUCACAAUACCUGUGUUCCAGGUCAGUGUCUGAUCCUGGCCUGCUUGAACAAUGGCUUGGGAUGGGUUUGUGAUGUCCCCCCCCCCCAAACCAUGAUCAAUACUUAAGGGUGCAGUUGACUGUUGGUAGUUGUGCAGUAAAGUCAAGCCCUGUGGUGUAUCAGCAAAUAGUUAAAAAAGAGUCUCGGUUGAUUUCUGUAACGUUUGACCUAAUGAAACGCCCAUUUCAUCUGUGACAACACAUAGCCCACUGAACAUCACUGUGGUGGUGCCAUGGGGGAGUUCCUAGUGACACUUCUGCCCUUUGGGUUCCCGUAGAGGAAUUCGGCCUCCCUGAGCAAGGUUUGGAAUGAAUGGUUUCUGAUAGACAGAGGGGCCAGUUUGGAUUGGGAGCUGAUUUCUUCACAUACUCUGUGGCGGUGUUGGAACCCCUGGCUUCCGGUUUUGGUUUCCCUGUAAUUCUGUCUUCUCUUCUCUGUUUCCAUUCCCCCCUCCCCUUUUAUAAUGCAUAUAUGAUGCUGUGAACAGAAAUAAACUAUUUCUACAAUCAAA